UUUCUUUUCUUUUCUUUUUUCUUUAUGUCAUUAGAAAACAACCAAAACCCUACCCAAACAGAAGAAAAAUCAAAGGCAAAACUUGAAUUUAAGAGCCUUCAUUUUGGAUGGUUUGCUGGCCAUGUCUGGGUGGUAUUAAACACGACUGUCUUUCUUCUUUCAAGCUUGUUUUUUCAUCCACUCAGCUUGUUCUAUAGAUCAGCAUACCUUGGUAUUGUAGUAUCUUAUGGUAUCGUCAUUUAUAAUUCAUACAAGCCCUUACUUACCAGUGAGGAGUCAAAUAUCAAGCGUGUCUUAUUGGAUGAAAAUGCUCAAUAUUUAGGGAUUGCAUUAUACUUUUUGAUCUCGUCAAGAGUCUCAAUUUCUUUAUUGCCGUUCUUUAUUUAUUCCAUAUUUCACGUAUUGACAUAUGUUGACUCUGACUUGAUUCCAAAUUUGGCUCCUCACCAGUCCAACAUUCAGAAAUCUAUCCAAAAGAUCAUUACAGAGCGUUUUGAACAAGCCAUGGUAUUGGGUGCUCAAUUGGAAGUCUAUGGUGUGAUGGGACGUCUUGUGCUUGGGUUCUUUGUAUUCCGUUCUAGUAUUCUUUCCAUCUUAUUGUAUGGUCAAUUCUUACGUAUGCGCUAUCAUAUGUCUCCUCGCGCUCGUCAAGUAUUAACUGAAUUAGGAACCAAAGUAGAUAGCAUGUUGACACCACCUACUGCACACCCUAAAAUACCUCCUGCAGUCCUGAAGCAUUAUGCUACUUUUAAAGAAGCUAUGUUUGCCAAGCCAUUACCAGUAGAAGAUGUCAAUGACAAGAAAUCUUUAUAAAUAAAUAAAAAUGAUAAAAUGACUUCUAGAAA